GGAUCAAACCAAACAAGCACCGUCUAAUAUUUAAACGAACGGAAUAAUAAUGUGGUAUUCCUUGGUUUAUCCAGUACCUACGAUAAUAGAGGUAUGCAUCAUUUGUAAGUGUGUAGGUACAGUCUCCCGCGGUCGGCCUCCCGCAUAUGGGCGGGGAAGAUCCUCGUCAUUGAUGGAAUUGCUUGCAAACACAGUUUCAAGAAUAUCAUCCUGCAACCAAAUCCUUCUUUUCAACUUAAUACUUAUAGCCCUUCUUCUCUUGAACGGAGUUGCUCAAGGACGAGAAACAACAAGAUGGUUCACCCCACAGUUCUGUAUUUGAUGGUCAGCCUUGUUCUGCUCAUCGUGGCAAUAAUCGUCCACGUCCGCAGUUCAAAUCUCUCGCUCGUGAUCUCGCCAACUCUGUCUAUUCUUACGGUUGUUCUCCCGAUUUUCGGGUUUCUCAACACUGCUUUCUAUCCUAGUAUCCGCCGUACCACUAAGUCGUCUUCUAGUGGCAUAGCUCAACUUGCUCCUUUGAUUCUCCAGGUCCUUCAAGCUCUUGUCACCACCAUACUGGCUACACUACUUCUAGACCGCGCCGUGCCUUCAGAAAUGAUGGGAUGCAUGCUCGAUAAGAAGUGGAUGAGCAUGUUUCGUGCUCAUGACGCAGGCAGUAUACGACGGAUUCAGGAUGCGUUUGACUGCUGUGGGCUGAACUCAAUACGCGAUCGAGCAUAUCCAUUUCCUGGUAUAGCGCCUAGCAACUGUGCGGAAACAUACGGAAGAAGAAGUGCGUGUCGUGAACCUUGGUCAGGAGCUUUAAAGACACUGUCGUCAUGGGACCUCUCUGUCGUCCUUGGCGUCGGGUUGAUCCAGAUACUCGGACUCCUCCUAUCUAAGAAAGGUUCCAGCUGGUUGAAUAACUGGCGAAAUCAUGGCCGGGGGCAAACGGACCAACACCACGAGAGCCGCCGCCCUUUGCUGAUUGACAGGGAGAGGGAUGUCAUCGAGGAAGAAGAGACUGCCCCUAAGCGUCCAGAGAGAUCAUCACCGGGUUACGGGAGUGUACAUGAGAACGAAUCGGGUCCCAGAGUUGUGCCAUCGUCCAUUAUCGAACGGAACAACUGGACAGAGGAUUAAGUUGGCGGCAGGAAGGUCAAAACAAAUUGGAGGGCCAAGAUUUGAAGCAUCAAUGAAGUACAAGGAUCAAAGGGAUUGAUGUCUGGCUUAUAAAUUGUUGUCGAUUGUGAUUAGGUAUCUGUAGGAUCGUAGUAUAUACCCUUCGACAGCCUGUCUAUCCACCAUAAGGACCCUGAUAGCUUAUGGU